AUGAGCCGGGAACAAGACAGAAGAGCAGCGAUCCUUGAGUCCCUUCGUGCCGGUAAAUCACCAAAGGAGAUUAUUGAGUGGUUAUCUUCAGGUGUUAUCUUCAGGUCAGUUGAGUGGAUGCUUCAGAAGUGGCUCACCGUCAUGCACACCAAAUUCCCAGCAGCGGUCAUAGUCCUUGGGGUUAUCAGCAGCGAAGGGGAUGUUAUGCCACCUCAUUUCUUUGAAGAAGGUCUCAGAAUCAACGUCGAUGGAUACAUUCACGUAUUGGAAACGGUAGUCAAGCCCUGGAUGGACAUGGUGGCCGCCGGAAGAGAUUAUGUCUUCCAGCAGGACUCAGCGCCAGCCCACAAGUCGAGAAAUACCCAAGCGUGGCUUCACAGUAAUGUGCCCUACCACUGGACACCCGACUUGUGGCCACCCUCCAGCCCGGACUGCAAUCCUCUCGAUUACUACUUUUGGGGCGUAGUUGAGGAAAAGAUUAACGCAAAAUUUCAUAAUACCAAGGACGCCGCUGAGAGCCACCAUUACUGA